AAGACCUGGCUUGUCCUGACAUGAAGUAGCUGGCGGAUCGUUCUUCGCCUCGUUCUUCUCCAUGUGUAAAAAACAAUCUUUGCCCAACUGAGAUCUAUAUAAUGGACUUGCAGCACUCGAGGUGGUCAGCGGUAGCACCGACUGCACAGGCCACUGGCCAAGGGUCAUCUGUGCUCAGUGGCUGUCCUCAGCACUCUCCUCAGGAAGCAACCACGCUCAGUAAUUAUGCCUCGGGACCUGAGGCCUUUAACUCUCAGUUCGUGAACCUGGACAAAUUGAGAUCUGCUUUCAAGACUGAAGAAUUCCUGAACUGGCAUGCCCUCUUUGAGUCAAUCAAAAGGAAGCUUCCUUUCCUCAACUGGGAUGUCAUUCCUAAGCCAAAAGGAUGGAGGAGUGCAGCUCCUGAUGCCUAGUGACGUGACCUUCAGCUCCCAGCGCUGCUGACACCCACUGGAGGAGCAGGCGAGCGUGGGACCUGACCACCAGCCCACACUCCUGCUUUCCGGGAUCGUAACUCCAAUAAAAUGGUUUCCAU